AUGACCGCGUGUAUUUCGGAAGAGAAGGAGGAGGAGGGUGACGACGGACUGGAUACGACUGCGCAGAGACGAGAGGAGGUCAUUGUGGUCGAGACGGCAAAAGGGCAAAUGAGCGCACGGCUGUCGCGAGAAGGAGAGACUGUCGCCCAGCGUCAGCAGCUGCUGGAAGAAAGAUCCCUUCCGUCACUCUGCGGCUCGGCAAAUCGAGCACGAUGGCUCCAGUCAAGUGGGUGA